AUGGGUAAACGCUCGACUUUUGAUGAUUCAGACGAGGAGGAACCAUCUCUAGAGAAAAGGCAACAAGAAGCUCCUCAGCCCAUAGUGGGACAAGCACCCGCUAGUCAAUUGACGAGGGCGCACGCAGAAGGGUCGAGGAAGAGGACACUCUCAGUCCAAGCCGCGGCCCAUCAAAAGAGAAAACGAGGGACACCUGAGGUGGUAGAGGUCGACCCUUUGUCGUACAGCUUGCCCUCAAUCCACGAAAUGUGCUCCGUCGACGAACUAUUGAAGGAGGGGUACGAAGAUCAAGGGCAAGAAGCGGGUCACUUCGAGAGUAUACCUAAGGGUCAUGCCCUACUGACGUUAGACCCCCCGCGGGUCGAAUGUGCAGAUGUGCCGACCUCAGAUAUGCCCCAACUGGAGGAUGGCAUGAAGCAAGCAAUUGGCUCCUUCGUGACUGUGUGCAUGAACCUGGUGCGACAGCUAGCCUCGGCUAGGAGGAAAGCCAGCACUAAAACAUCUAAAGCAAGGGAUGCCGAGGCGCGGCUCCAGGUCUUAGUGGAAGAGAAGAGGCGGCUGAAGGAGGACCUCUCAACGAUGAAGGGGCAAUUGGAGGGUGAGGCGGCGGCCCACAACCUUCAGAUCGAGAACCUUCGGGCGACGACCAUUCCCAAGUCCGACUUGGACAAGUACAUCCUCGCGGGGGUGCAGAGGUACUUGGUGUCAUCUGAGUUUGCCCUCGGUAUCAACGACGUCAUGGACCCCGCGAUGGAAACAGGAGCUAGGAAGGUCGUCUUGGAGAUAGAGGCGGCCCGAAGGAAUGACGAGGACAUCCAACCAAUCCUCGACAAGUAUGCCGACAGGGUGAUGAAAGGAAGGACGUCCGCGGUAAGGCUGCGGUGCAAGGCGCGAAAUCGCGAUAUGAAUUUUGUCUUGCUUCCCGUAAUGCAGCAGAUUACCAAGGCCUGCCCCUCCGUCUCCAAGCUCGAGGACAUUGAUGGUAUUCCUGGUAGCCCUUCGUUUGUCUUUCAGAUGCCGAGGGGAAUCCAAACGCCCCCGGGGACACCGCCAGGGCCGGAUGAGGAGCCGGAGGCGGGGAAGGACGUGGCUUCGGGCUUACCCAAUCCACUCGAGGGAACCUCUGAAGACGUACCUGCAACCCCGGGUAAAUGGGAAACAUCCGGAAUCCCCUGGAUCGACCUACAGCUACCCGACCCCCAUUUUGAUGCGACAGCCUUUCCCCUUUAUGCGGCCGUUGGGGGGGCUUUGGUGGAUCCGCCUCCCGACCGAAGUCGAGGGAGGCUGUCCGGUUUGGAGGGCCAGCUGGGAGAGGCUUUGGAGGCAUACAGGGCAUCGGAAUUGUGCGAGGCCCGCAGGGCCGUUAUAGAGGCGAAGUCCGAGAAUGAUCGGUUGGACAAGUUCUGGAGGGACACGGAGGCCUAUUGGGAAGGCCGCCUAAAGAACUCCAUACAGUUUGAGAUGUUAGCCAACAAUCGUCUUUGGAAGUUUGAGGCUAAGAUCCGAAAGAAAAAGAAGGACGACGGUUUGCCUGAGCCCGACCCCGAGGACUUUAUUCCCCGCAACUAUUUCGAGAGUGUUUUGGUACAUCUCCGGAAGGCUUACCCCCUAGUUGCCGUAAGGUGGGAUCGGUCCUCUGACAAAAUAGAGUCCCUUCAGGCGUACGCUGGUCAGCUUCGGACAGCAUUGGAAAGCGCAAUUUUUUUUAUUGUGGAAACAGGAAAGGAGUAUGAUUUCGGGGCGCCCGACCCCUGCCCCGCAAUGCGAGAUGAUCCCGCUUCCCCCACUCGCGAGGCCGAGCGUCUGAUAUAUGAAAACGACGCCCUGUUUCAUGAAUUAGGUCAAGGGUCACAAUAG